AGACAUUGAAGACAUAUAAGUCGCAAUAUACCUCGACAUGGCAAAUCAGGGCAAUAACUUAACCAACUACACACCCUGCAGUAAUACCAAAGAAAAGGACUUCAGCCGAAUCUUCCUCCCUACUUUCUACAGCAUCGUCAUACUUGUGGGAUUCCUUGGAAACAGCCUGGUGGUGUGUGUCAUGGUCAAAUACCACAAAAAAUUUAAAACGUCAGAUCUGUGCCUCUUUAACCUGGCUGUUUCAGACCUCAUCUUCCUGAUCUCAUUGCUUUUCUGGGCUCACUACAGCACCAUCAACGAGUGGAUCUUCGGGAGCUUCAUGUGCCAUGCAGUAACAUUGCUGUACAUGAUGGGAUUCUAUGGAAGCAUUUUUUUUAUGAUCCUCAUGACCAUUGAGCGCUACACUUCCAUUGUCCAUGCCAGUAAAUUCCUUUCCAUCAAGCAGCGAUCUGUUAGAACUGGCAUAGCUUUAGUUUUGUUUAUGUGGGCACUCAGCUUGGGAGCUUCUGUGCCAACCAUUAUUUUUUUACAAUUUAAAAAUAAUUCAAAUGUAUCACAAUGCAGGGUGGAUUAUCCAGAAGGGAAAGAAUGGAAGGUAAUUUCAUACAUUGAGCUGAACAUCCUUGGCUUGAUUAUUCCUCUUUCAUUGAUGGUGUUCUGUUACUCACGUAUUAUCCCCAUUGUAAUGUCCACAGAGUCUCAGGGAAAAUACAAAUCUGUUAAACUCAUGGUGGUCUUGAUUAUUGUUUUCUUCAUCUUCUGGACACCUUACAACAUUGUCAUCUUCAUGACAUGUCUGCAUCACUUGGACUACAUGCAAAGCUGUCAGUGGAAUCUGGACCUGCAGAUGGCUAUGCAAUGGGUGGAAACCAUAGCCUUCAGUCACUGCUCCCUAAACCCCAUUAUCUAUGCCUUAGUAGGGCAGAAAUUCAAAUAUUUAUUUCUAAGGAUCCUAAAAGAGUUUGUUUGCUUUAAACGGUGGACAACUGUGGAAAGUCAUUCCUUAGAAAGAAUGACAAUUAGAAACACACGCCCCACAGUGAUUUAAAAAAACAAGUCAAGAUCAAAACUGUUGACCAUAAGUGCAUUUCAUCAACACUUAAAUCUUAUGUACUGUAUAUCUCACUCAACAUACUGUUUGACUAUUUUCUAAUAUUGUUAAUGUAAAAUUCAUCAUAAUAAUGAAUAAAGUACUCGAAGA